CUCAGCAAUUGGUCUUGUGACUUUGACAUUUCAACACUGAAACUGAGUAUUUCAAAGUGAACUGUAGCUGUUAGAAUUAACAUAUCAAAAUGGCAUCAUGUCCUGCAGUCACUGCUAUGGCAAUAUUCCUAGUGGCAUCUAUAUGUGGUGUCAUUGCUAUGGCAACAUCAUACUGGAUGGAGUUGGACAUAGCCGGAGCAGUGAAAGUACUAAACCACUGGGGUCUUUGGCAGAAAUGUACUCAGAAUUGGGGAUGUAAAUGGGUCUAUGAUAAGGAUGUAAAAAUUAAGGCUGGCUAUGCAGGUUGGUUUCAAGCAGUCCAAGGGUUGUACACAGUAGGGCUUGUCUUUGGCAUAUGUGCAGCAAUAGGCUCUAUGGUUAACCUGUGUUCUGGGGGAAUCACAAGAUGCUGUACAAACUUUACUGCAACAUUAGCCUUUAUAAGCUUUCUAUCAAUGGCAGCAAGUCUUGCCCUGUUUGGAGUAAAGUACCAUGAUAUCUACGGGGACAUCCCUCAAGCACCCUACCAGUUGAGCUGGUCUUUCUACUUUGCUGUAUCAGCCACCUUGUUAGAGAUCUUAGCUAUGGUGCUGUAUCUUUGUGUAGGCUGUUGUAAUAUGGGAGGAAGUGGUGUACGAAGCUACCAAAGAAUCUAGUCAGGGGAAAACAACUUUUUGUGCCCCCUCCCACCAAGACUCUUAAUCUGUAGUUGUAAAAAAGGUCACCAGUUCUUUACAUGAUAUUGAUAGUGGACAGGGAAAAUAUCGAGAGACCACAAUUUACCCAUAAGACUUGUUAAUAGAUAGAGGAAUAUCCAAAAUAUAUCUUGAUAUAUUCACCAUUUUGCACAAACCGUGAGUUAAGUGCCUUGUUUCAAAAACAUAAUGAGGCAAACAUCAACCCUUUCCUUUAGAAGAAACAAUGUAAGUUUUGAUAUAGAGUUCAGUUUGAAUUUCGAAAGCCUUGUCACCUCUUUUGGAGGAUUUAAUUCUUGCUUAAUGUCAAUCAGUUGCACUUCAACAACUUACUACUGUACCAAACCUAGCAUAUCUUGAAAUUGCUGAUAAUUUUUAAGUUAUGUGUUAGGGUUAUUUGAUUAUACAUGUAUGUAAUGACAAGAUCAUGAUUCAUGUUUGAAAUUGACUGCUUUUUGUGCAGUUUAAGAAAUGCAACAUUUAAAUUGCAAUUGUUACGAUAAUGAAAAUACAUGUAUGUGUGUGAAUUAUGAAAUAUUUUUUAAAUUGCCAAACUUGUAAUGUUAGUACAGGAUGUACAUGUAUUACUGUUGUUUUUAAAGAUUAGUUUAUUAGUAUAUGUAAAAUUCGCCAUAAAAGUUUAGAAUCAAGAUUCCAAUCAAAUUGGCAUGGAUUUCUAGCUAUGUUUAAAAAUGUCAUGACAUCUCAUAUUUUUAUUAUUAUAAGUUUAUAGUGAAAUAGUUUUUACAUGUUUCAUGUGCAUCUCAGUAUUUUUACACCUGAAAAUAUAUUUGGCACUGUUGUAUAGUACAGUAGUUGCACUUUUUGUUGGAAGUAGAUCUACUGUUGUAUAGUACUAGCACUGUUGUAU